AUGGUCCUACAAGACCAUCUUCUAAUUUUUCUUCUUUUAUUAUUGCUCACUCUGUGUGCAGGUUUGUUUGACCGUAAUUAUUUUGAUUCAAUGUUCUCAACACGCCACAUGGCAGUUACACAAGUCGACAAUCUUCGUGACAAACGACAAACUGGAAGUGGUAGAGUCGGUGAUGCAUGCGCCUUCAACACAGACUGCCUAGCUGGAAUGUUUUGCAACGGAGGACUCUGCUCUUGCCUCACCACCUACAUCGCUGCCGAAGGCUACUGCUACCAGAAGAUUGAUCCAGGACAGCCUGGAUGUGUCUACAACGAGCAGUGUGCUUCAGUGUGGCCUGACGCCUUCUGUGAUACUUCUGCAGGAGUUGGAACUUGUCGUUGUGGAGAGAAUAAAGUGGAACGAGCUACAAGAGAUGGACAUGUUUGUCUGGACGUUCUUGAUGCAAAUCAUAACACGUUGGCUAUCACUUGUCCAUUACCAGAAGGAGCUGGAUACACAUCAGCGUUAUCCGAUCCAAAGCAUCCAAGGCAGAAUGAGGGACCGGGACCAGUUCUAUGUAAUACUGAUAGUACACAAACAACUCAGGCAGAGGAUAAUGUGAGCUUUCUGAUUUUUAGUCAAAACUUUCCUAUGUCAAUGUUCCAGACUGGCGACGGUAACUCCGCUUGCUUAUUCCCUUCCAACGGUCAAUACAUCGCUGACCAGUAUGACUGCGUUGAAUUCGUCUCCAGUUUAGAUUUGACGUCUUCUGGAUACAGCGAAAAAGCCAACGGAAUCUGUUGUCCGAACCGAGCUUUCACCUGUGUACAACCCACUGCCACUGGUCCGAAUCCAACUGAACCCCGUUGGUGGUACAACUCGAUUACUGGAAUGUGUCAACAAUUUUUAUGGGAUCCAACUGCAUCGGGUCCUGGAGAGCACUCGCCAAACAAUUUCAGAACUGUUGAGCAUUGUGAAAGCUUCUGUAGAGAUACUUGCUCCCGAGGUGCUCCAGAAUACAUUCAUCGUACCUCCUUCCUGGAACAGACUCCAGUCUCCGGAUGUGCUCAAACCAGCUCUUGCUCCCAUAACUAUGAGUGUAAAUCCGUUGGAAGUACCCAAUGGUGUUGUCCAUCCGUCGCUUCUGUUUGUGGACCCGUUGGUGGUCGUCCUCUGGAUCCAUCUGUCAACACUCGUGGUGUCGUUUAUCAUGCAGGAGUUGAGAAACAAGGAACCGCCACGGCGACUAGAUUCUUUUACGAUCCACAAUCUGGAAAGUGUAGUCCGUUCACUUACCUUGGAGCCGGUGGAAAUUACAAUAACUUUUUGUCCAGAAUCGAUUGCGAGCUUUAUUGUGCUAGAUUACAAUGUGAUCGUGGAAAUCCUUUGAGAAUUGGUGAUGUCACCCAAUCUUGUGCCUCCAACAACGAUUGUCCAUCAUCCCACGAGUGUAAAAUGGAUCAAGCUGUGUGUUGCCCCAGAAUGCAAACGAUUUGUACCCAACCUCUUCGAGUUGGAAACUGCGACCGAUCAGUACGGAGGUAUUGGUAUUCCGCUGCAACAAGAGAAUGCCAAUCUUUCGAAUAUACUGGAUGUCAAGGAAAUGACAAUAACUUUGAGACACUGGUAGACUGUCAGACGUUCUGUAGAAAUGCUGCUCCCGAACCCCGUUGUCCACAAGGACAAGCCUAUAAAGACAACCAAGGAAAGUUCGUAACUUGCACCACGAACCGCCAGUCUUCAUCUUGUCCAGCAAAUUUCGAGUGUUAUUUCGAUGGAAAUAUGCAUGGAUGUUGUCCAACGAAAGCCUUCACUUGCUCCCUCUCACCUAGUCCUGGAAAAACUUGUGGACCAGGAGUCUCAUUCAAAUAUCAUUACAAUCCACAAUCUCAAGAAUGCGAGUCAUUUGAAUAUCUUGGUUGUGAUGGAAAUUCGAAUACUUUUGCUAGUAGAGCAGAAUGUGAAAACUACUGUGGAGUUGGUGGAUGUGCAAAUGGGGGAAGUCCAUUGAGAGAUUCUAAUGGAGCACUUCAGUCAUGUUCUGAAAGGGAUGGAGGGUGUCCGUCGUCUCAUGAAUGUUACGGAGUGAGCUUGGGUCCCGAUAUGAUGUCCUAUAGAUGUUGUCCAACCAAAACGUACAUCUGCGGCUUGCCUCCUCAACAAGGUUCAUCCCUAUGCUCGGGUGGUCUUACCGUAGUCACCAGAUACUAUUUCAACAUUGUCACCCGUAAAUGCUCUCCAUUUGUCUACAAUGGCUGUGAUGGAAAUCCCAACAACUUUGCCUCUCUCAACCAAUGUAACAACUUCUGUAUGGCAUCUGCUUGUAACGCUGGAGACGUUGUCUAUCUGAAUCCAAAUACAGCUCUCCCAAUUUCCUGCAACGACGAGCUCCAGAACAAUUGUCCGAAGAGUUUCAGUUGUAUUUAUGACAGUUUGACGGAUCAAAGUGUGUGCUGCGGAGCUACUGAUAUGGGAGUGUGUCCUGAUAAUGAGAAGGCUUACAUUAAUUCAAUGGAUGGGACAGUCAGAGAAUGUCUCAUCAAUGAACAUAACUCGUGUCCCAAGGACUAUUUGUGCAGAUUCAAUGCCGUCAAAAAUCGCUACUUCUGUUGUGGUUCUAAAACCAAAGCUAGUAAGUCUAAAUUGUUUUCCAUCCUUCAAAAAUCACUGUUUCUAGACUACUGUCCGGUGGGACGAGCUCCAUAUAAGGACCAAACCAGUCUUCAACCUACCAGAUGCACAAUGCACGCUGCCACAUCUUCAUGUCCAGAUGGAUUCGAGUGUCUUAGUGACCUCAAAGACGCCCUUCAAGGAUACUGUUGCUCAGUUUCCGAGAUUUGCCCCCAUCGUGAAGAAUACUUCAUCGAUGAGACUUCUGGAAUGCCAAGGUCUUGCACAAUCGGACACUUUGUCACCUGUCCAGCUGGUUUUGUUUGUAUGGCUCAGUUUGAUGGAUCCAUGGGAUACUGUUGCAAGGGUCAACCUCAGUUAACUGCUUCUGAUGGCUGUCCACCUGGAGAAAUUGUAUACAUGGAGAGGAAUGAAGUCGUGGCCUGUGACCCAUUCAAUCCAGAUAAUCAAGGAUGUCCUGGCACUUUUUCAUGUCAAUGGUCGAUUCGAACACAAAGAUAUCAGUGUUGUGGAAGUGAUCCACUGCCGACUCCAAUGGAAAAUGAUGGCUGCCCAACUCGUCAAAUCGCCUACACUGAUCCAGACACCAAAAAACCAAAAAUCUGCACAUCCGCCAGUCUCUCUUGUCCUGCUGGAUAUUUCUGUCAAUUCUCCAAUCAAAACAAACAAUUCCAAUGUUGUGGAAUGCCAAGUGACUGCCCAGUUCAAAUGGUAGCCUUCAUUGGAAUCACCGGAGAAGCUCAAGCAUGUUCGAUGAAUGGAGGAACUGCCUGUCCUGAUGGAUUCUCGUGUGUCCGCGGAAAGAGUGGGUCCGAAUUAUGUUGUGCCGGAGGAGAAACCUGCGAAGCAUCUCAAGUGCCCGUCAACGGAGUCUGUAUGAAUAGAGUUUUGAUCGGAGAGCAGUGUGAAGAAACUCCACAGUGUGUUGGUGGAUCUCAUUGUAUUGCCAUGAAAUGUAGCUGCCCAACUGGAACUAUUGAGCAGAAGCAACAAUGUAUUGAUGGAGUCAUCGAGAAGGAAUUAAAGUGCUCUGAAAAACAAGUCAAGGUCGAAGACGAAUGUUUCCCACUGGUGUCCCUUGGAAGAAGUUGUGUCCAUUCUGCACAGUGUCAAGGAAUGGGACAGUGUAUUGAUGGAGUUUGUGAUUGUGACGAUACUAGCGUCCGAAAGGGUCAUAGAUGUGAGAAGAAGCUGGCUAACAGAGUGAACACUCCUUUGAACGUCAACAAAUUUGCCACCGGAUCUCCUCAUUCCAUGAAACAGAUCCAACCACCAAUGUCCUCCUCUUCAGCACCCACUACUACAUCUUGGGCCCCACAACCAGGCCAUGCUGAAAUUAUGAACGAGGGUAUUUGUCCUGCACCAAGACAACCGUACCUGUCUAAUGGAAUCGCUAGACAGUGUAUCAGUGGACAACCAUGCCCAGUUGGAUUUUCAUGUACCUGGAGUCCACAAGCGAAGAACUAUUUCUGUUGUGCAGCGAAUAAGAUGGUGAUGAGGACUUAUGUGAUGAAGGAAGUAUGUGAUGGAGGGGAAGCCUUGUUGUUCCCUGCUACCAAGGCACCUGUGAUAUGUACCAGAUACACGACAUGUCCCCUGGAUACUUCUGUAGAAGGUCACCAAAAACCAAGCAGACGCAUUGUCAAAGAAAAAACAUCAAAAAGGCCUGAAACUUUCCGAAUGGCUCAUUCUAUAGCAUCAGCUGCUGUUCAAAUGGCUUCCCAAUACAUGCAUCCGGGAAGAAGGCGUCAAAAACCGCAACCGAUUCAGAAAAAUAAACCAGUGAAAAAUGUGAAACCAAUGAAGAGCACCCUGCCAUGCCCUCCAAAUCAAGUGCUUCUGGAAAUGGAAGUCAACCGAAAAAUCAUCAAACGUUGUCAAUCCACGUGUCCUGUCUCAAUGCGUUCGGUCAACGGAGUGUGCAAAAUCGAGCGGAGACCGCCAGUGGUCACUCAAUGA